AUGGGCUGGAGAUUACUUGACUGUGCGGAGUCUACAGUCAACUGUACAUUGAAGAGGACGAGUGUUCCCGCAGAUCCAGAUGUUGCUGGUAUAGGCAUCAUUGUCGGUUUCCUAUCCACAACAUGUCUUGCGUUUCUGAUUGCAUUUACGGUCCUCUUUUUGGAUCGAUUUAACGACAUCAUCAACUUCUACAGGAAAACUUUCACGAACAACAAGACACCAUACGAACAGAAUCACGAUGAAAAAGACCGCCAAAAGUACUGGCGCUCAGUAGUAUUCUGGUCGCGCGUUCUCAGCAAGAAUCUCCUUGCCUUUUCGGACACUCAGCUUCUCACCGGACUUGCUAUUCAGUUUACUGCAAUGAUAAAACAUUGCUCUAUGUCUGUCUAUCAUUUCAGAAUCGUUACUGACCUUGCUUUUCUCACCACAGUGACACACCUUCUCACCGUUGUGGCCCUACGGGACUAUUUUGUCAGAAACAAAUGGAUCAACCUUCCGCGCAUUUUCUUCAUGCUGGCCAAUCUCGCCUUAUUGGGAUACACGUCCUUCAUCUCAUAUUCCUACGACAUCGUCGAUCUACAUCUCUCUGACUCCCUGGCCUGCUUCUUCAAGGGCGACCGACCAGAAUUCAAGGCAGCUUUUGGCGGCAAGUGGGCAGCGCUGCUAAUUGGCGCGAUUGGAGGGCAUGUAGCCGUGAUAGCAGCCAUGUACUGGCUCCAGGACCCUAAAGAGAGUAACAAGAAAGGAACAUGGUGGUGGUGGAUCUGGUACGGUGGCGCUGUCUUCCGCACUUGGAUCAUUGCACCAGCCUACUCUAUUUACGGUAUCUACAUGGCUGCCGACGGGCUCCAAUACACUCAAGCUCUCGGUAACCCUCCAGAAGGCGUUUUGAUUGAAGGGGAUGAGAGUGCUUGGAAUUUUGGCCAGUUUCUUCCGGUGCUGCUGCUCGCUCUACCGCUCUUCGCUGGGUGGGAGAGCUUCUGGGAGGAGAAGGACGAAGAUCGCGAGACUCGAUUCGGAGACCACCACGCAAGAAAAUCGCGA